UUAUUCUAAGCUUUAUAUCGCUGAAAGAAAAUUGAAAGUGCCGUCAAUUAAGUUGAAACUUUUUUGCGGCUAGUGUGGAGUCCUAAGUCGCACUUUUUGUGAUAAGAUUAUUGUUUUUAUUUUGUUUUUUUAUUGUUUUUAAGAAAAAAAACCCGCUUAGUUAAAAUACAGUAUUAUUAACGGUUAUCAAUUAAGUGUACUCAUUAUUACUUCAUGUUGUGCUCAUUUACAAAUUCUAUUACUAAGUGUGCCUUUGUUUUUUUUGUUUUAUGUUUUUUGCUUAUAUGUGUAAAUAAACUGCAAAAAAGCUGUUCAAAGAAGGAAGAAGGUUUGUUGUGAAAUCAAUAUCGAUAUAACAAGCAAAUUUAUGGACGCAUUAUUUUGAUGAAGUUUGAAAGUGUGAAAUUUUGGCAUUCCGUUUAAUGACCUUGAACUUUACAUAUUUUUCUACUUGCGCAGGUGGCUUUUUAGGCACAAGAAAAGAAAAGUUCAAAAUUUUUCUAUUAUCAAUUAUUGUACAGAAGAAGUUAUUUACGAUAUAUAAUAGAAAAAAGUUCAAAAAAGCAGUUAAAUUCGACUAAAUCUUUGUUCAUGGCUUAUUUUAUAUAAGAAAAAUUGAAAAUGUGUGUAUAUGAAUACAACUUGACUUUAAUUUGAAAUUGGCAAUUAAUAUUCGUCGAAGAGCUCCGCAACGUAAUUUGAAAUAUCUGUAUGCCAUAAAUCGUGUCGUGUUGGUGCAGUAACGUUAUUAAUGCAGUAUCACAUAUAAUAACACAGAAGUGAUGUUAAAUCUUUCGUUUUGAAAGAUUUGCGGAGUAAUGGUAAAAAACGUGAACAUAAAUCCUUCCAAAACGUUUCUAACGGUUUAAGGGUUUUAUAAAGAGAAAAAAAAAAAAGAAAGAAAAGGAAAAUGAAUCGUUCUGCACACGGCAGCAUAAAAUCUGCUGCCACCGUUAGGUUGAGCAAAAGUUUUCAAAGCAAAAUGGACAAAAUGUCUGAACGUUUAUAUGACAUUGUCAAAAGCGGGUUCAUGAUAAAGCGGGCGCAAAACAAAAAACGUUUCACGCCAGUUAAUUAUAAGCAACGUUGGUUCGAGUUAACCAAACGUACGUUAUCGUACUUUGAUGUGGAAAGUGUUGAGCGUCGUCGCGAACGUGGUCGUAUACCCGUUAAAGGCGUCAGACUCGUUGAAACUGCCACAGUGAACGGUGAAGGAGGUGAUCCUUUUGCACCGGAUGGCUAUCCUUUUCAAGUAGGCUAUUGUGAGUCAAGUGAUGAUCAAUCUCAACGUACUGUUCCUCAAUAUACAUUGUAUUUAGUGGCAAAUACUGAAAAAGAACGUUCGGAUUGGAUAUAUGCGAUAAGGCAAGUUUGCGAAGACACAAAUACACCGAAAUCGUUUCGUUUUCACCCAGGUCUUUGGUCGGGUAAACGUUGGUCUUGUUGUAAAAGCAUUAGCCGGGCAACAUUUGGCUGUCAAGCGGCAACACAUUGGCGUGAAACUAAUAAUAAUCCAAGCACUGGAAGUUCGCCUGCCCAGAUUUCACAACGCAGCAUUAGUCCAAACAAUUCAACCACAACCAGUCAAUUUAGUUUGCAUCAUAAUAGUUCGGGCAGUUUAGGUAGUUCAACACCCACCUCAUUACAUCCACAGUCAUCGGUAUCCACCUUUAAGCAGUCACCAACUAUUUUAAACGGUAACAGUUCUUUAUUGGAUAACACAAUGCCAGGUGGUAUACCAACGCCAGGAACACCAAACUCGAAAGCUAAAGACAAUUCUCAUUUUGUUAAAAUUGUCGUAGCUUUAUAUCCUUUCAAGGCCAUAGAAGGAGGUGAUUUAUCUUUAGAAAAGAACGCUGAAUAUGAAGUUAUUGAUGAUUCUCAAGAGCAUUGGUGGAAAGUCAAAGAUGCCAUGGGUAACGUCGGUUAUAUACCUAGUAAUUAUGUAAAACCUAAAGCGUUGUUAGGAUUAGAGCGCUAUGAAUGGUACGUUGGUGACAUGUCACGACAACGAGCUGAAUCCCUGUUAAAACAAGGCGACAAAGAAGGCUGUUUUGUGGUGCGUAAAUCAUCAACAAAAGGUUUAUACACACUAUCGCUACAUACCAAAGUUCCCCAAUCGCAUGUUAAGCACUAUCAUAUUAAACAAAAUGCGCGCGGUGAAUACUAUUUAAGUGAAAAGCAUUGCUGUGAAACUAUACCCGAUUUAAUUAAUUAUCACCGUCAUAAUUCGGGCGGAUUAGCUUGCCGUUUAAAAUCCUCACCCUGUGAUCGCCCGGUACCGCCCACUGCUGGUUUAUCGCACGAUAAAUGGGAAAUCCAUCCUUUGGAAUUAAUGUUAAUGGAGGAACUUGGUUCUGGUCAAUUUGGAGUGGUGCGCCGCGGUAAAUGGCGUGGUUCUAUAGAUACGGCCGUUAAAAUGAUGAAAGAGGGCACCAUGUCGGAAGAUGAUUUCAUUGAAGAGGCCAAAGUCAUGACUAAAUUACAACAUCCAAAUUUGGUACAAUUAUAUGGCGUCUGCUCUAAACAUCGCCCUAUUUACAUUGUCACCGAAUAUAUGAAACAUGGUUCACUUUUGAAUUAUCUACGACGUCACGAGACUAGCUUGAUUGGAAAUAUGGGCUUACUACUGGACAUGUGUAUACAGGUCUCCAAGGGUAUGGCUUAUUUGGAACGUCACAAUUAUAUUCAUCGCGAUUUGGCGGCGCGUAAUUGCUUAGUGGGUUCCGAGAAUGUAGUGAAAGUGGCCGAUUUCGGUUUAGCGCGCUACGUCUUAGAUGAUCAAUACACCAGCUCGGGCGGUACAAAAUUCCCAAUUAAAUGGGCACCGCCUGAAGUUUUAAAUUACACUCGUUUCUCCUCGAAAAGUGACGUUUGGGCAUACGGUGUUUUAAUGUGGGAGAUAUUUACCUGUGGUAAAAUGCCCUAUGGCCGCCUAAAGAACACCGAAGUAGUUGAGCGGGUACAACGUGGCAUCAUUUUAGAAAAACCAAAGUCAUGCGCUAAAGAAAUUUAUGAUGUCAUGAAAAAAUGUUGGUCUCAUACUCCCGAGGAUCGUCCAUCAUUCCGCGUACUAAAAGAGCAACUGGCUCUGGUAGCACAAACACUCACCGACUAAAUAAUAUUUUUGGGUUUUGUAUGAGAAACAGAACUCGUAAGAUCAUUUUUCUAUUUGCUCUUUACACAACUGAAUCAAACAUCUCUCCUAGAUCAUCAUCCUAUACGCAUACAUAAACACUUAAGUAUAUAUGAUAUGCAAUACAUACAUAUUUAAUAUAAUGAAAUUUAUGAAACAAAAAUAAUUAAAAAAUAAUAUUUAUAAAGCAAAGCAAGCACUGAUAAAAUAAAUUGAAAGAAUUACUUUAUAAAGCAGAAUUAAAAUGUGUAUACAUAUAUAUACAUAUAUAAAUAAAAAAAAUAUAUAUAUAUACUUUAAGUUAGCCAAUAACAUAUGUGAAAAAAUGUAGAAAACUAUAAGAUCUUUGAACCACAGAAAGUCCUUUAGAAACAUUUACAGUUAAAGAAAAUUAAUUUUAAGGAAAAAGAAGAAAAAUCAAGAAAUAUAUCCCGAAGUCAAAGGGACUAAUUAGUAAUUAUUAAUUUAGUUUCACGAAUUCCGCUGAUUUUUUUUUUUACAAUAUUUCUAUAUACAAUAUGAUUACUAUAGCGAACCUACCCACGCGUACACCAACAAGUAUAAUUAUAUUACAAUUUUUUUAGAAAAAAAUAAAAAUAAAAUAAAUAAUCUGUUUAACGAAAGUGAAUAUGUAUAGAGUAAAAAAACCAAGCAGAUAUGUUAAAAGAAAUUUUUUUAAUAUAUGUUAAAAACAUAAAGCUGCUAACAAUUGAGCAUUUUUUUUUUUUUGCGCUUAAAAAAAUUUUUAUUCACAUCUUUGCUCUAAAUACUAGAUAAAAUUUGUGCUUAUUUAUCCUCUUUAAAUGUACGCAUAAGCGCAGCAGAACAACUAAAAGAAAAUAUGAUAAAUGAUAUAAAUUUUUAUAAGAAGAUUUAAGACAUAUAUAUAUAUAUAUAUAAAUGAUUUUUUUUUUAUAAAUUUUUUUACGUUCUUUGAAAUCAAUACAAAGCAAAAUAUAAGUAAGCGUUGGCUUUCAAACCGCUCAUCGGUUUACAUGCAUAACCUACUGAUUGCAAUGUUAGUUGUACCCUACACCACUUGUACUACCUUCGGUAUAUUAAGCUUGUGCUGAACGUGUGUACAACACCUAAAAGACUUGGAAUUGACCCAACUUUUAUUAUAUCGAUCUAGGCUUAUAUGUCCGUCUGUCCGUCGCGAUUUUUGUGUUCAAGCUACAAGCCGUAAUUUUUGGGAUAUUGUAAGAAAAUCGGGCGGUGUGUCUUGGUCGACAGACGAACAUUAAGAGACGCUGUUCGAAUUGGUCCACUUUUUGCGCUACUUCCAAUUUCUUCCGCUUUAUCUUUAGAAGUCGUUUUAUGAGUGCUGCACAUAUUAAAUGAUGCGGUGUAGGGUAUUUAGUGACUAGUCGGGUUCCACUAUAGUAUUUAUACUUGUUUUUUAAUUAAUUUUUACAAUUCUUAAAAAAAUAUAUAACAUUUUUUUUUUGAAAUUUUACAAUUAUAUUCUAUGAAGAACAAGAGAAAUAUAAAACUGCCAGUAAUAUCCAUCCAUUUUUGCUCAUAGCGCUUAAGUAUCCUUGACCGAAAUAAGUGAUAAAGUAAACCAACAUGAUCGAGCGACUAGGGUGAACGGUGCAAUAUUUCCUACGCGUAAGCCUUUAUAACGUUUGUAAUUAGGUUUGAAUCACGGAUCCGCUUAUAGUUAUGGCCCUACUUUUUUACGACGUUGACUUAGCUUGACACGAAUUUUGAUUAUUUUUUUUGAAACUAUUUGUCUUCUUACCAUUUAUAUUCGGCAAGAUUCUUUCUCGUUCGAAUCGAAUUUAAGUCAGAGUAAAAUUUC